CAAACUUUACAUGUUUAUAUUGGUUUUAUAUCUUCUAAACGCGAAUUUUGUCUCUGUUUUGGAGGACACUAAUAGAUAUAUUCCUAAAAAUUAAAUUUAAAUUUUUUCAUUUUAAUUUCACAGGACCUUUAAUGGAUAAACUACAAAUACAAAACAAUUAUGCCAUGGGCAGGCAGGCCUAUACAAAAACAAAAUAUAUGAUUAUACAUAAAUAUAAUACUAGCAAAUUGAAUUUGCGCCUCACAGCGUGCCCCGUGACGUCACUUGCGCACUUGACCCCGCCCCCUUCAAUCCCGUGUUUUGACAUUCUCGCAUCAGCACCACUCCGCGCAUCCCUUCAUGCGCGCUCUGGGCACGGAGGUGGAGGCGGAGGCGGGGGUCUCUCGCUCUUUCGGUCUCUCUCACUCUCCGUUCAGCCAUUUAAACAUCAGCCCGUGCAACCGGUGAGGGGAACCGACACCAACGCCACUCCGCCUGGACAGCAUCACUCGUCGGCGCUUCACCGGGAUGUCGAGCCUCCUGGAGAACCCUCUGCAGGCGGUGCUCUAUUUGAAGGAGCUUACCGCCAUCGUGCAGAACCAGCAGAGCCUGAUACAAACGCAGAGAUAUCGGAUAGACAUACUCGAGCGCCGGCUGGAGGAUCUAGCGACGGAAAAUCGGCAGCUUCGGGACUCCGGCAGCCAUCACCGGCACCCUCCGCGCUAUCAUCCGCCUCCACCCCCCCGGACCUCGAGUUUACCCCGAACCAGCAGAGCCGAGACGCCGCCGGUGCAGAACCAGACCCCACAGCAGCAACAGCAGCAGAUCUCCCCACUGGACAUGCAGCUCGUGCCUGCUGGACCCAGCACUGCCAGUCCGGACUCUGCUGAUGAAGAUGAGGAGCUCCAGGACCCCUGCUGUCGCUCCCUUGUCCCGCAGACACCUGCCACCUUGUGCCGAGCUGUGGGACUCCCACGGGCAUCCGAGAGUCAGACGGUCCUGCACCAGUUCUGCUGUCCAGCCCCUGAAGCCCCAGAAGGAGAGUCCAGCACCACCUGCUCCAGCUCCGUUCCUGCUGCAGGAGAAGAACAGAAAGAGGAGAAAAGAGACGACCAGCCUGACGUGCCUCCCUGCUCACACCCACCAGAAUAUGAGCUCUCUCCUGAUCUCAAACAAAAACAGAUAGAGGAGCUGGAGCAGAAGUAUGGUGGUCCUCUAAUUUCCCGGCGAGCAGCCUGUAAGAUCCAGACAGCGUUUCGUCAGUAUCAGCUCAGCAAAAACUUCCAGAAGAUCCGCAACUCAGUUCUGGAGAGUGGGAUCCCACGACGCAUGUCGGUGCGCAGGGUCCGGGUUCAGCGGGAUGGUUUCUCUGCGGAACGUGCGCUGAUGGAGGGAUGUUCAAUCAUGGGCAUCCCGCUCACACACUCCACCUCACUGCCAGUGACCACCACCACCACACUCACACACCUGGAGGACACGUUCAGUGAGCAGGUCCAGUCUUUAGCGCGGUCUAUUGAUGAGGCUCUGAGCAGCUGGAGCACCAUUCGAGAUGGGGAAGGAGAGAAGUCUUCUGCUGCCCCUCCCUCCGGAUCCCAUCCCGAAGGGCUCCUGAUGGACCCCUCCAGCCUACAGGAGGCCACACAGAGUGGCUGUGGCGAGAGCAUACCUCGCAGUGCCAGCAAACUCAUGAUGGCUUUCAGGGACGUCACUGUUCAAAUCGAUAAUCACAACUUUCGCCUGUCCUCCUCCAUGCUGGAGUCAGUUUCUCUUGGUAACGGCGUGGCAAAAGAAACUGUCUCAGAGCCCCAAAUUGGGGGACAAAUUGCAGGCCAGACAACGCUGUCGACCGCAGGGGACCCUGAAUUUCCUCCUCCUCCACCCAGCGAGGAAGAAAAAGAGAACCAACAGCCAAUUGGAUUGGACACAGUGACCACAGGAGCGGGGCUGGAGGGGAAACAGACCAAUCAGGUUGCACCGGAGAUAGCGGAGAACAGCUCAGACCCCAUCAGCAGCAGCAGCACCUCCACAUCAGCAUGUGAGACUAUGAUCCUGUCUCUGCCUCGCCCACACUGCCAGAACACACCCUGCGGGACGCUCUCCACAGACAUUGCACGCAAACGGCUGUACCGCAUCGGACUUAACCUCUUUAAUGUAAAUCCAGACAAAGGCAUCCAGUUCCUGAUUUCCAGGGGCUUUAUUCCGGACACAGCCAUCGGUGUGGCUCAUUUUCUGCUUCAGAGGAAAGGACUGAGCCGGCAGAUGAUCGGGGAGUUUCUGGGAAACAGCAAAAGGCAAUUUAACAGAGACGUGUUGGACUGUGUGGUGGAUGAGAUGGAUUUCUCCAUGCUGGAGCUGGACGAAGCGCUCAGGAAGUUUCAGGCUCAUGUUCGGGUUCAAGGAGAAGCUCAGAAAGUGGAGAGACUUAUUGAAGCCUUCAGUCAGAGGUAUUGCAUGUGUAACCCAGACGUGGUGCAGCAGUUUCACAACCCCGACACCAUCUUCAUCCUGGCCUUCGCCAUCGUGUUGCUCAACACAGACAUGUACAGUCCCAACAUCAAACCAGAGCGCAAGAUGCUUCUGGAGGACUUCAUCCGCAACCUACGAGGAGUGGACGAUGGAGCAGAUAUUCCACGGGAGAUGCUGGCUGGGAUUUAUGAGCGGAUUCAGCAGCGGGAGCUUCGAUCCAAUGAGGACCAUGUGACCUACGUUACCAGGGUGGAGCAGAGCAUUCUGGGAAUGAAGACGAUCCUGUCGGUUCCUCACCGCAGGCUGGUGUGCUGCAGUCGACUCUAUGAGGUCACGGAUGUAAAUAAACCGCAGAAACAGGCUUCACAUCAGAGGGAGGUUUUCCUCUUCAAUGACCUGAUAGUGAUCCUAAAACUGUGCCCUAAGAAGAAGACUGCCGCCACAUAUACGUUCUGCAAGGCCAUGGGUUUACUGGGAAUGCAGUUUCACCUGUUUGAGAACGAGUAUUAUCCUCAUGGAAUCACGAUAUUGUCUCCGUUCUCGUCGGAGAAGAAGCAGGUGGUGAGUUUCUGUUCUCAGAGCGCCGACGAGCUGCUCAAGUUCAUAGAGGACCUGAGAGAGAGCAUCGCAGAAGUGGCAGAGAUGGAGCAAAUCCGCAUUGAGUGGGAACUAGAAAGACAACAGGUUGUGAGAAAUCAAACUAACAAGAACGGCACACAACUGGACAUCCAUGCCGGACCGAGUUCUGCUUCAGGGGAUGAUUUUUAUGAGAAAGCGGGAAGCAACACGGUAGAGAAUCAGAGAUAACCUCCCCACCAGCCCACAACCCCUGCCCUUCACCCACUGACCCCUGAGCUCACUGUCCGUCAAAGCGGAGACGCCUGCCCUCGGUGUCUUCACUGCGCGCACACACACAUAGACCCCCGUGCAGAGUAAUAACGGCACUGCCAAUCCCAGAUAACACCAUCUGCCCCUCACCGUCAUCUGUAAUCUAUGGCCUCUCACUCAGGCUUUUGCUGACUGCUGUGUUUUAGUCUUGCAUACAGCUGCUGUUGUUGUGUGGUGAAAUUCUCUCAAAGACACACCGGUUAUUAAGACUUAAUAUAAUAUAAAUGAUGUCUUAGUGAAAUAGUGUAGUAGGACAACCCAAUUUUGUUCCUGGAGCCACACAAACAGUACUUAUUUUGGAUGUCUCCCUUAUCUGACCCAUUCAUUUCAGAAUUUGGAGCCUCUUCUAAUGUUCGAAUGAGCUGAUUCUGGUGUGUUUGAUUAGGGAGAGGUUGAAAACAUGUACUGUUGGUGUGCCUUCGGGAACAGGGUUGGGAAACACUGUAUUAGGAAACCCAUGGGCUAUAUAGGGUGCCAUUACUUUAGGUCAGGGGUGUCCAAACUUGGUCCUUUGCUUAAUAGCGGAGAAACAAUUUUAAUUUUCCUAACACACGUCCAGAAACACAAUAGCCAAUAGUUUUACCGCACUUCAUUAAAGAGGCUGAGCUGUUUCUAGUGUGGACAGAAGGCUACGAAAGCGCUUUUCAGAGAUGCCAAACACGCAUACACAUGCAAACCGGGUCUAUCAAGACAAGGUGCAAAUUACCCAGCAUGCAACAAGGACCCUCACUGCCAAGCGCCGAGGCCCUCAAGGGGCACUUUAAUGCUUCUUACAGACGGAUAAAAAUAUAACAGUCUGAUUAGCAGCGCAGUAAUAAAAGGAAACGCAUAAGAUAGUAGCUAAUUAUCCAAAUGGCGGCAGUUCAAGCAGGAAGUCAGCAUCACCCGCUUUCACCCACACCGACUGUGCUGUAGGUACUGUAUCAUGCUGUCUUCCGCUGUCUGCAUGAACUGCCAGGUUUUGUUGUACCUUUAUUAACUAACUAAACACUUAUUAGUAUUAUUAGAUUUUUCUUUUUUUUGGAGGAACAAGAAAAACAGGCCAGUAAUUGACCGCUCGCAGUAAAAAAAAAUAAGCCAGGACAAGAAAUGUUUUUGCAAGUUAUUUUGAUGAUCAGUUUUCUACUAAAUUUGAAAAGUUAUUAAUAUUUAUUUUAUUAAUAGCUUUUUAAGUCAUUAAUUGUUAGUAAUAACUUAAUAUUUUAGUCAGUUUGAUUGCUGCAAGUUUUGAUGACUUAAGAAAAUACACUGUCUUUGUUAAUAUUAGUUUAUAACACUGAGUAGUACAUUUGUCAUAUUUAUUAUUCUUUUUUUUAACAUUAGUUCAUGCUAGCUCAAUAUUAUUAAAUGAUAUUGACUGAUACAUUGUUUAAGCCCAAUGUUGUAUUUGUCAAUGUUAAAAUUAACAUUACCUACGAAAGAUAAAUGUGUUGUUUUAAAAAUAAAGUCUAUGGCCCCUAUCAUACACCCGGCGCAAUGUGGC